UUCUCUCUGUUACAUCCGUCUCACUUGACGCAUGUCCAUUGUGCGUGUGCUAACUUUAUCACAUGCUGCACAGAUAGACUACUACUGUAUUUUUUACCAUUUUUCUUUCACCUCAUAUUUGGUCUCAAAUGCUGAUACUAUGUGGGAAUGCAUAAAGCCAUGAACAUCUUCCGACUGACAGGAGACCUGUCUCACUUGGCAGCUAUCAUCAUCCUGCUACUGAAGAUAUGGAAAAGCAGGUCGUGUGCAGGAAUCUCUGGAAAGAGUCAGAUCCUUUUUGCAAUUGUGUUCACCACACGCUACCUGGACCUGCUCACCUCCUUCAUCUCGCUCUACAACACCUGCAUGAAGGUGAUCUACAUCGGAUGUGCGUACGCCACAGUCUACCUGAUCUACGCCAAGUUCCGCGCCACCUACGACGGCAAUCACGACAGCUUCAGAUUGGAGUUCCUGAUUGUUCCCGUGGGGGGUCUGGCCGUCCUCAUCAACCAUGACUAUUCCCCGCUGGAGAUCCUGUGGACGUUCUCCAUCUACUUGGAGUCUGUGGCCAUCCUCCCUCAGCUCUUCAUGAUCACCAAGACGGGCGAGGCGGAGACCAUCACCACCCACUACCUGUUCUGCCUGGGCAUGUACCGGGCACUCUACCUCUUCAACUGGAUCUGGCGCUUCUACUUCGAGGGCUUCUUCGACCUCAUCGCCAUCGUCGCCGGCGUGGUGCAGACGGUCCUCUACUGUGACUUCUUCUACCUUUAUGUCACCAAAGUGUUGAAAGGCAAGAAGCUGAGCCUGCCGGCGUAAGGAAGUCGGCGGCGGUGGAGGCGGCGAGCGGCAGCAGACUCGGGGCGCGCCGAGAUUCAAAUCACGGAAUGUCGUGAGCUUCCAGCAAAAAGGAUACGCCUGAGACAGCGAGCCAACUUAACAGGGAAAAACACUAUUAGUCUUCUUGAUGAUCGCCGAUGGAACUGGUCAACGCCCACCAACACCGGAGCUGAAACAAGGUCAUUCCAAGGUCCGCCGUCGGACUUCUUCGUUCAGCGUUCUUGCCUUAAACUUCUUUGCAUUGCUGUUUAAAUAUGCGACAGCCCCCCUCCCCCUCUCUUUCCCCCCACGUGAGGUGCAUACGCUUAUCUUUGUUUUACGAUGUCACAAAUGUGGCAAGAACCUUGGCAAGGGAAUGAAUGCACAAAUGUACAGUCUUAUUAAAAAGUGACAUAAAGAGUGCCUGAUGACAGUGAUGUCCCGUUUCCCCUCACAGUAUUUUGUUUUUAGUUCCUUUUUUGUAUGCAUAUGCUGUAACACCUAUAUCCUUGACACAUUUCUGGUUUCUAAAAAAAAAAAAAAGAAAGAUCUUUUUAUGACAGAACCCACCAACUAAGUAGCAGCAAUGGUUUUCUCUGAGUUGUCAGUCGUGAAUCUUUAAUUACAAUUCAACUGCCCCUGUGAUUUUUCUAAAGCAUCAAUUGUUGUGCGGCGAGUCAGGCCUGACACGUUCCAUCCUACAACACGGUUGGCUGUGUCGUUUCAUCGAUGGUUUGCAUUUUCACAUCACUUUGCUAGGUAGGGAUAAUCAUGUCAGAUAUUCACAUCAACAUUGGUUACUCCUGAAGGGUUAUUAAGGUGUUUUUUUGGCCUUUUUUUGCAUGAUAUCACCCCCAUUAAAGAUUUUAUGAGAAUCACCAUU